AUGAUGGCCGUCAGCUCACCGCUGUCUGUCUUGCCCUAUCGUGACAUUCACAGCUCUUUCGCCGGAUCUGAGUCAAUAUCGGCGAGAAAUUCCUCUAUUCCCGAUGAUGUCGCAAUUCACUUUGCCGACAAGCCAGAAUCCUCGAACAUAAAAGAGAGUGGAUUGCGGCACAGUCAUGAGCAGCAGAAGGACAUUAGCUCAGAGUCCGACUUGACUCUCAGCAACAACCACAACAACAACAACCACAAUGCACAUAAUCAAGCAAAAGCUGCUCAAGCAUCCCCUGGAAGAGAAACUAGGUCCGGCGUGUCCCCUCAUUUGGGCUUGAAAAUUCAAACUACACAAAUGGGUCGUACUGGAACUGUCGCGAGAUCCGAUGAGGAUGAAGCACCACAAUCGGUGAUUCAUGCGCCCGCGGGCUUCGGCGAAUUUACACAACUAGAACAAACACUGGAAGAGUCAUGUGACGACGAGGAAGAUUCGCCCUCCGCAGCUGAAUCGAACGCGCGUCACUCUGCCGAUUCGCUGGAGAUUCUUGCACCGCCGAAUAGGAGCAGGACUAGCACGAGCCCCAUCUCUCCUCCACCGAUCACCACAAACGUGCCGCGGGCUCAGGACUGGUCCGAUCGCGCGACUCCACGUGCGCAGACAAUGCAAGAACUGGAGGAAUCUGGACGACGCACCCGCUCAAGUAGCUUGGAAGAUAUACCGGAAGGUGGCGAAUUCAGAUCGUAUCUAGAGAAGAAUUCGAGCAUGGGGGCUGACCAUCCGCCUGCGCAGUCUGGUCCCCAAGGGAUAGAGAUCCAUGCCCUGCGCACGGCCCUGACCGAGUGCUGGACUCUUUGCAAUACACUAUCCAGUUUGAGCUACAUCAAUCGAGGACGACUUCCACGAUCUCAACAUGACGGUAUGCAAGAAGAUGCGUGGCGAUCAUGCUGGAGACUAUGCCAGAAACUAUACGAGACCCGUGAUGAUGAUUAUUGGUCGCAAGUCGUCCCUACGCUUGACCUGUGUCGAGACUUCUGCCAGGCCUUGUUCGAGGUUCGGGUCUGCGAUAGCGAACCGACCGACUCGGUGUUACGAGUUAGCUUUGAGCUGAACAAUCACCUGUACAACACUCACGAUCGCAACCUGCCUGAUGCCUUUCGGGAGCGAACGUUGGACUUCUAUAUCACUUUGUGCCAUCGCCUGAUGAAGCAGAGAACCCGACUAACGGAAACAGAUUCCCUGCUCAGUGCCUGCUGGGCGUUGGCAGAAAUGCUUUUCAGCAUCCGUCAGACUAAGCGGGAGGGCAGGGAACUCGACAAAGAAUUGCUGGGUUCCGCGGUUCAGGCUUGCUGGGAGCUUUGCGACAUCUUUCGAGAGGGCUGGACCCUGAACAGCAUGCGCAGCUCGGACCGAGGCACUCCACGCCCAAGUCAAGCGACCUUUGCUCAAGCAUUCCAGCAGAUUUCCAGACACUCGGAACUUGAAUACGCAGAGGACAUGCUUUUACAGACGCCGAAUCCCGAGACCCCGACAACAAUAUUUGACGAUACCGCGACUGUCUCUCCAGACGAAGCGCAGGUCCCUAAUAUCUUGGUGCUAGGUCACGGUUCCGGGCAUACCCCUCCUCAUUCCAAAUGGCCCUCGAAUGUGUCCAAUGUGUCUGAGAAAUCUCGAUCCUCCGGCCAAACCGCUUCGUCAGCAAACACUGUGACCACGAUGUCCGAGGAUCCGAAUUUCACGCGGUUGAAGGUGUUAGUCACUAAGGCCGCUAUCAAUAGUGGCUACCAGCGGGGUUCUUCACACCCCUUGAGCUCGUUCGUGAAAUCACUACCGUCAGACGCAUUUGGCUCGGCACCAUGGCAAACGUCGCUACUCAAAAGCUAUCGAAAGCUUGUAGUCUAUGAUCCGGCCUUCCGCAAUGCUGGUUUCCAGGCUCGGGUGAGUGCUGUCGAUAUGGCGCAUGCUUGUCAGACCAUGGCCCGCAAUGGUCAAUAUUCGUGGUUAGUCGAUCUUUACCGUCUCGUAUUUGGAUUUCAUCUUGAGGACGCUCUCAGUCGAAAGACCGUCGUUAUUCAAACAUAA